AGAAUCUCGCCUGCGGAACUCGGGGCUCGUUAGCUCCGAGGAACGCGUUCCCGGCGGACGAGCGUGCGAGAGUGCGAGCGAGAGGCGAUGCAAGCGCGUUUCCAGCAUUUUCAGGCGCAAGGGGGCACUCCCUUCUCCUCCGAUACUGUGCGGUCAUUGUUACGAUAGCGAAAUCGACGCCCUCUUUCUCGUGCCAAGCGAGCGCCUACUCUGUACGUUCUUCUUCGUCAAAGCGUAACAUUUUGUCUUCUGCGAAAACAAACGGUCGUCCGAAUAAGCUAAACAAUGAAUAAACUGUGCCAACUUUUUACGCUCAUCCUCACCCUUUACACGUCGACGCGUCACGUCGACGCGUCGGAUACUCUUGCUGCAACGAGCGCAAGUACCGCCACGCUGUGGGUGUCGCUGUCGCAAGCGUCCGGUGAGCAGUCUGGAGUUUCUGGCCGAAAUACGCGAGAGUGCGCGAAGAACAAAAGCAGAGAGGUCGUUCUGACGUUGUCGCUGCCGAGGAUUUUCGCAGCCGGCCUGGGCGUCAAAGAAAUGGCGAGCCCACGUGUCGAUCGCUUCGACGAGUUUCAAGACCCGUCGCUGACGCUCCACGCACUGGAAAUAACAACGGCACUUCGUUGGUUUCGCACUCUCGUCAAAUAUGGGUCGAUCGCACGUGUUUGCGUUGGGGCUCCAGUCCGGCAGGUGGUUGCUCGAUGACCAUGUCGGUGCGAAUACAGAGCGACGAUCGUCGGCGACCACGCCAUCGUUGGGUACCCCGGUGCCGAAAUUCAUAAAAGACACGAUGGUCGCGAGCGUCGGUCGUAUCAUUGUACGUACGUCGACCUCGUCGCAGGUGGACGUCGAUACGCCGUUUUCACGCGCGGCGAUCCCCUCGGAACGUCUUUCUUCGAGGCCGUCGGAGCUUUGAGUGUCGAAUGGAAUGGACGAGUUGACGCUGCGACCGAACGCAAGAAGUACUCGCUGCAGUGGCGCACGAAAUUUCAUGGCGAAUUUAAUUUGCUGCUCCUGCAGGCGAAGCCAGAGCAAUGGCGAAAUUGAGCUUGCGGGGUGAUGCUCUCAAGUGCCCACGGAAGAAUCGCGAACUCGAUGGAAAAACUUUCUUGGACCUUUCGCUGUUGCCGAGAGUUCGGGCGGGUCUGCGCGGAAUUGCGCGCGGUCCGUGAAACUGAAGGCAAAUACUUGAGAGUUGAUUGAGACGAGCAGCGUCCGCGCUGUCCAGGAGGCUCGUCGACCGCCGCAAUGUGCGAAAUACCUAUCUUCGAACGCGCAAAUGUUGUAUUGGUUCGUCGCUUCCGAUAAAUUACGUUGGCUUUGCGUCGCUCCCGCGUUGUACGUUCCAAUAGACCCAACGGAAAAUUCGAAAACACUCGGAUCGUCGUCGUCGAGGAGAGAGCGACGAAGUGAAUUCGAUUAUAAAAACUUUCGUUGAUUCCCGUUGGAGGAGCCCAACCCGCGCGUCCCUCUCUCAAUCAAAUCCCAAAAACUUAUCCGAACUCAUUGCUCGCGCGACGCCGUCGGGCUGGCUAGUCGAAUUCGUUCCGGAGGAAGGCCAGCAAGGCCUGAUUUUUCCCGCGGCGCUCGCAAUGUCAGAUGCGCGAUCGCGAGAACAACGAUUCCGCUUUGCCUGACUGCUGAUGUGUCUGCGCGUUUUUUUCGCUUUCUUUUUGCUCCAAGUAAACAUUUAAUACGCUACAAUGAGUUUGUAACUAUGACCCAUCGAUUCCAGCGCGAGGCAACGUUCGAUCGUGCGCGCACUCUCAUAUAUGUACGUGUCCCCACUGCGGCUAUCGCGUACGAUGAUCGCGAGCAGCCUGUGCCAUCUCUCGGUGGGUCUUGGCGUCCUCGCGGCGAGCAGACAAAACGCAGCGUCAUUGUAGCGUUCGGCUCGGCCGACGAUUCGCCGUGUGCAAUCGGUCGCUCGAGUCAAACCGACGCAACAAGUCAGUCCUGAGCGCGCGAUCGUCGAGCCAUCACGGACGCGGUUCCUCGCGAAUCUCGCGUCGCAAGUGGCCGAGAGAACCUCGACGGAUAUAGCGAAGACUCCCGCUCGUCGACGCUUCGCGCGAAAAGAAAAAUGUCACGCGUAUCGGCAGCGAGGCGCGCUCCUUCGAAGCUCGUCGAGGUCUGGCGCAACGAAGCGAACGGAAUCACGACUCUAUCUCUGGCGCGAGCGCCGGUGAACGGCUUGAACCUAGAGCUGGCGCUGGAGGUGCGCGCGGCGCUCGAGAGCGCGGUGGCCGCCGACAGCAGGGGCAUCGUUCUCACGUCCUCGCUGCCGACCGUCUUCUCGGCCGGCGUCGACAUUCGCGAAAUGCAUCGACCGGUCGUCCAGCGAUGCUAUGAAUUUUGGAGCUCUCUGCAGGACUUGUGGUUGACUCUCUACGGUUUGCCAAUUCCAACUGCGGCUGCCAUUAACGGAUCUAGUCCAGGCGCGGGCUGCUUGCUGGCCUUGUCAUGCGAGUACAGAGUGAUGGUAGAGAGCGAGCACACUAUAGGCUUCAACGGGCCAAUGCUCGGGGUUGUUAUUCCGAAAUGGAUUCAGGACACGUUGAUUAGAACUGUUGGUUAUCGUCAAGCGGAACUCGCCUUGCUCAGAGGAAAACUUUUCCAACCGAGGGAAGCCUUAAAUAUCGGGCUGGUCGACGAACUAGCUGUAGACAAAAAUCAAGCUGUGGCGAAAUGCGAAGCUUACUUGGCUGACUUUGCGAAUGUCCCGGGGGCGGCUAGAGCUGCGACUAAAACGAGUUUGAGGCAAGAGGCGAUGGAUUGGCUAAGGAAAUAUCGCGAGCAAGACACGAGGACGUUCGUCGAUGCGUUGAUGCUGCCGAAAGUUCAAGAAGAUCUGGAUAAUUAUAUUCAGUCGCUCAAGAAUAGAUCAAAAUGACGAGUUGGAGCUUAAUCUUCGAACGCAUGCGAGGCAAUAAAAAUCGAAAGCAGUUUACGUCGCAAACUGAACGUAAUAAUUUGUGCCAUUAUGUCAUCUAGAGAGAAUGUCAAAUAAAUUAACGCUCAUAG